AUGAGAGACUGCAACGGCAACAUCAAGACGUUCCCCAGCCCGGACCCUCCUGAGACGUUCCCCAGCCCGGACCCUCCUGAGACGUUCCCCAGCCCGGACCCUCCUGAGACGUUCCCCAGCCCGGACCCUCCUGAGACGUUCCCCAGCCCGGACCCUCCUGAGACGUUCCCCAGCCCGGACCCUCCUGAGACGUUCCCCAGCCCGGACCCUCCUGAGACGUUCCCCAGCCCGGACCCUCCUGAGACGUUCCCCAGCCCGGACCCUCCUGAGACGUUCCCCAGCCCGGACCCUCCUGAGACGUUCCCCAGCCCGGACCCUCCUGAGACGUUCUCCAGCCCGGACCCUCCUGAGACGUUCCCCAGCCCGGACCCUCCUGAGACGUUCCCCAGCCCGGACCCUCCUGAGACGUUCCCCAGCCCGUACCCUCCUGAGACGUUCCCCAGCCCGGACCCUCCUGAGACGUUCCCCAGCCCGGACCCUCCUGAGACAGCCCGCAGCCCGGACCCUCCUGAGACAGCCCGCAGCCCGGACCCUCCUGAGACGGUCCCCAGCCCGGACCCUCCUGAGACAGCCCGCAGCCCGGAGCCCGGUUCAUCCAGCGACAAUCCACGGUUCAGAGCUUCCGGCUAUGAUCCACGAAUGUGUCAGUGA